AUGACGCUCGGCGCGGAUCCCAUGGAGCUGGACGAACAGGAGAGGCAAUUUUGGGCCCAGGCCGGUCCGGUCAAACGGGAACAGGAACCGAGAAGAGAUGUGCUGCACCAAACCGAGCACUCCAAGAGGCAGCGUCUGGCACCACAGGACCGGAACAAAGGCAAGGGCAAGGGUACCAAGGGCAAAGGCAAGGGAAAGCAGGGCCUACCAAGUCCAUCCAGUGCCAACCCGGUCACGGGUUACACAAAUGGUUUCGGAAGCCAUCCACCCAAUCCCUGGACACAGACUCAGGACCUGCAGCCACUGGGAAGUCAAGAUCCAGACUGGAUGGAGUACAGGAUGAAUCGACUAUCUCAGCUGGUCCUUCGUCAGGAGCAAAUCAUCUCAGCCAUCCGUCAGGAUCUGGUCCUCUACCUCUUUGUACGAUCAGGGCCAGAAGGGAUGGUACCAGUUCUCUGCGAAGCAGCGGAGAAGUGGAGGAAGAUGAAAGAGGAAGAACCCGAGAAGAUUACUUACUCCCUCAAACUCAUGCUCUUCAAGCAGCUGCUCAUCACCCUACACCAGAGGUUGACCAACAUGAUCGCGGACGAGGAUGCUCUCGCCAAAGCCAAGAACCUGAACUGGAUCUACGAUCAGAAACAUUGGAAACAUCUUACAUGGAAUCCUACCAAACAAUGUCUGGAAGUCGACAACUCGGUGAGGUCAAUACCGGCGGAAGAUCUGUUGGCUCAACUGGUUCAGAUGAGGAAGGCAGUUACGGAAGAGACCCUGGUGAGGUUCAAGUCCAUGCGGAAGCUCACCACGGAGGUGACCUCCGACUGGAUCCAAUUCCAGAUCUGCAUGUCACUUCGCCCAGAGGGAGGAGCCAUGUGGAGCACGCUGAACCAGUGGAUCGGACAAGCAUCGUGGCACACCCUGGGCUGCAGGCUCCGUCGCGAUCGACCGAACUACGACACCCUGGUCCAGGAAGCCGUCCUUCGAUUGAUUUUCCACAAUCCAUCAAAUCUGUGCUACCUACACUCUACCAUCUAUGCCCUUCUGUGGACAAUCCUUCAGGCUAGGCUGCAUGAUGCCUACGUCUCGCCUCCACCGCAGGCUCUUACCAUGCUGUGUCCACCAAUCACUGCCACACCUAAUUGCCCCAUUCAGGUGCUCCAUUCGGUACCGUGGCUUAUGCUGCUGCAAGCUUGGCCUUCUGUACAUCGUCAGCAUGAUGCAGCUGAGCUGUUACAAUACCUCUUACCCAGGUUCUCGCAUAGUGGGUUCAAUGGUGGCUGGGAGGCCAGAAACUUCGUACCUGGAGGUAUUGCCACUCUUGACAAGGGGCCUACCCAAGCUCCCAUCCCGAUUGCGCUACCGGCAGGUCCAAGCUUGGAGCUCCAGGCAGCCAUUGAUGGGUGGAGUGCUCAGGUUACAGCUCGUUAUGCACUGCUGACUCCGUCUCCCAUGCUCUGCAUACAACUUCAGCGCUUCACAAAUGCCGAGGGAGUCAUGCGCAGGGACACCAGACCACUGGUUGUGGCCUCGACUACAGUUCGUAUGCCACUCUUUACAGGUCUGCACACUAUGCAAGUUCGCUAUGUCCACUACCAGGUCGUCGCUGUACAGCUUCACUACGGGGCCACUCCUGAUAUGGGGCAUUACAGAACUAUCCUACGAGGACAACCGCUGUUUGGAGCAGAAAAGUGGUGGAUCACUGAUGACUCCUGCACCGCAAAGCCAGCGAACCCGGACACUUCGCUGCGUGGUGAAUGA